AUGCUCUCCAUGGCCGUCCUCUGGACUUUCCAAAAAGAUGUUGCCGUUUCGACAUCAAUUGUGCACUCGUCGUCACACCUGUCUGUCUCUCCGACCCUGCAUUCGUCCUCGUUCAAAGCGGACCGUCGAUUGCUGGACGGCGCCGUGGAGCCGUCCGAUGUAGACGACUCGGCUUCUGAGUCGCCAGCUCACCGUCGUUCGACGCUUGCAGCGGAAAGCGCAGGAGACGAUUCAACAGCGCACGACGCUACAUCCCUCGACGCGCCCCACGACAGCAAUCUCAAAACUUCGUUUCGAGCGCUGCAGGCGCUGCUGAGGCCGCUGGGAAUGGCGUGA